AUGGCUGUCCUAGAGACGAACAACACGCCCUGUCUGAAAAAUGGAGAUCUCCAAAAUCAUGCCCGGGAUGCGUACCCUCCUUCCACUGAUCUGCCUCCCAUUGCCAUUGUUGGCAUGUCCAUGAGACUGCCAGGCGGCGUCAAUAAUGAAGCAAAAUUCUGGGAUCUUCUUGUCAACAAGAGAGAUGCUAUUUCGCCGGUUCCCGAGAACCGCUACAGAGGUCACGGCAAGGCGGGACACCUGAACACCAACCAGGGCUACUUCCUCAAGGACCUGGAUCUCGCACAGAUGGAUGCUGGCUUUUUCAGCAUGUCCAAGGCCGAAGCAGACCAGCUCGACCCACAUCACCGGCUCCUCCUGGAGGUCGUAUACGAGGCUUUCGAGAGUGCAGGAGAGAAAGGGUGGAGGGGCAAAGAUAUUGGAUGCUACGUGGGCUUCUCGGCCGAGGACUGGAACGACCUGCAGGCGAAAGAUCCUCAAGACUUUCCGAUGUAUCGAAUGACUGGCUCGUUCGAUUUUGCUCUGGCGAAUCGUAUCUCGUACGAAUACGAUCUGCGUGGACCCAGGCGAGUAUGUUUUGUCACCAAGGCCGCAUGCGCGUCUUCCUCGAUGAGCUUCCAUCUAGCCUGCGAGGCGGUCGCCCAUGGGCAAUGCUCCUCCGCCGUGGUCUGUGGUGCAAAUCUUGUCCUAACGCCAGCUAUGACAGUAGCAUUAUAUGAAGCCGGAGCAUUGUCGGCAGAUACUUCAUGCAAGACGUUCGACGCCAGCGCCAACGGCUACGCACGUGCUGAUGCUAUCAACGCUGUCUACAUCAAGAGAUUAGACCAUGCCAUUCGGGACGGAAACCCCAUUCGUGCCAUUGUACGGUCUACUGCGACCAACUUCGACGGCAAGACAUCGGUGAUUAGUAAUCCCAGCACUUCGGCACAAGACGCACUGAUUCGCAAGACCUAUCAACUAGCAGGUCUGGACGUUGCCGAGACGGCCUUCUGCGAAUGCCAUGGCACAGGUACGGCCGUGGGCGACCCCCUGGAAGCUAUGGCGAUAGCCAACAUAUGGCAAGAGACUGGGGGCGUUUUGAUUGGAUCGGUCAAGCCCAAUGUAGGUCAUGCGGAGGCAGCCUCCGGCAUCUCCAGCAUCAUCAAGGCUGUCUUGUGUCUGGAAAAGAAAAUCAUCGUGCCCAAUAUCAAGUUCGAUACACCGAACCCCAAGAUCCCUUUCAAAUCGGCCGGUCUGGUUGUCCCCACUGAACCUACUGCAUGGCCUAAAGGGCGAAAGGAACGUAUCAGCAUCAACAACUUUGGAUUUGGCGGCGCGAAUUGCCACGUAGCUAAUGGUACUAAUGGGAUUGCGAUAAACGAUAACACCAAUGGUGUAAACGGCCACGAUGCGAACGGCCAACAAAGUAUUAAUCCAUCACUGCUUGUCUUCUCGGCAAAUCAUGAGGAAUCGCUGGCAAACUCAGUCGAGGCCUUGCAGAAGUUCUGCAUCCAGGAACAGCCUUCAAUUACUGACCUCGCCUACACGCUCGGCGCUCGAAGAGAACACAUGCCCUACCGAACAUUUGCGAUUGCGGACGACUCUUCACGCUUUGACUUUAUCAGAACCAAGACCAAGGUGGAAAACAGCGGCGCAAAACCUGUGUUCGUAUUUACGGGUCAGGGUGCGCAGUGGCCAGGGAUGGGGAAGGAGCUGAUGACAGCUCAUGAUUCCUUUCUGCAGGACAUCCGUGCUAUGGAUUCCCACCUGGCUCAAUUGGAACACCCUCCAAGCUUCAGUAUUCAAACUGAACUCCAGAAACCGGCAUCAACGAGUCUGUUGGACCAAGCUGAGUAUUCGCAGCCCAUCUGCGCAGCUAUUCAGGUCGCCCUCGUCAAUCUGUUACGCUCAUGGGGCGUUCACCCUUCAGCAGUGAUCGGCCACUCUGGUGGUGACAUCGCCGCGGCCUACGCCGCGGGUGUCUACACCAUGGAGGAUGCCAUGACAAUCGCCUACUAUCGUGGAGUCGCACUCAAAUCCCAAACACGUCCAGGAGGUAUGGCUGCUGUCGGUCUUGGCGCAAGCGAAGUCGCCCCAUUGCUUCCGCCGGGCUUGUCACUUGCCUGCCUUAAUAGCGGCAGCAGUGUGACUAUCUCGGGCGACGAGUCAUCCCUCGACACCUUUAUUGCGGAUUUCAAAAAAACCAAGCCCGACCUUUUUGCACGUAAAUUGCGCGUGCAAAUGGCUUACCACUCGCAUCAUAUGCAAGAUGUGGGAGUGCGGUAUCAGCAACUUCUCGAAGGAUGCAUCACCCCCAGGGACCCAAUUGUUCCCUACUAUUCGACCGUCAAGGACAGGUUCGUUACGGCAGGAAAGGACCUCGGGGCGUCAUAUUGGGUAGACAAUCUGAUAUCACCGGUGCGGUUCCACUCUGGUGUUAAAGCGAUUCUCAACCACAGCCAACUGACAAGUAGUCCGCAUCUCGAAAUCGGACCUCACUCUGCUUUGUCGGGUCCCUUGAAGCAGAUAUACAAAGAGGUCGGCACCGAAACACAGUACAUGUCACUCUUGACUCGAAAUGCAGAUGCUCGCAAGAGCGUGCUGAAAGCUGUGGGUCAGCUGUUUGGCGCCGGAGUAGACAUCGAUUUUGCAGCCAUGUAUCCGAUGGGUAGCACGCUGCCGAAUGUGCCCAGUUAUGCCUGGCAGCGUGAGGGAAAUUAUUGGCAUGAGAGCCGCGUCAUGAAGAUGUGGCGUUUGAAGGAGUUUCCCCAUCACGACUUGCUCGGUUCUCGCGCCGCAGAAGCAAGCGAUCUAGCGCCAGUGUGGAGGAACCUUGUUUCUCCAGAUACGGUUCCGGGAUGGGUUCGGGAGCACGUCAUGCGCACACAAACUGUGUUUCCAACAGCAGCUUACAUUGUCAUGGCUGGAGAAGCAAUUACUCAGCUGUGUGGUGGCAGCGACUACACAGUUCGCAACGUCGCCGUUAUGAACACGAGCCCGUUGGUUAUCCGACCCGGUGAAUCGCUCGAGAUUAUCACCUCACUGCAGCCUUACAGGCUGACUACGACGGUAGAGUCUGAGUGGUAUGAUUUCUCCAUCGUCUCAAACAGUACUUCUGGCUGGGCAAAACAUUGCCACGGACAGGUACGAUCGGGCCCUGGGUCGAAGUACACAGUAGGGAGCACUCCUUUGCUACCCCGGAGUGUAUCUUCCGCAAGAUGGUACAAGGCAUGGAGACGCCUCGGCCUAGAAUAUGGUCCAUCCUUUCGAGGGUUGCAGGAUGUUUCGGUUCACACAAGCCGGAAGGAAGUCUCGGCUGUGGUCGUCGAAGGCUUAACAGAGUCGGAAUCUACCUAUCAGCUUCAUCCUACCUCACUAACGAUGAUUCUUCAGGCGAUCGACCUUGCGAUGCAUCAUGGUCUGACGAGAGCUCUUGAGAAUGCCGAUCAGCUAACGUAUAUCGAGGAGCUGUACGUUGGUCCUGGCGCUGGCAAGCACACACGGAUAUACCUCCAGGCCGAGCUAUCACCUGGCGGCGCAGUGCUUGCCAACGGUUACGGUCAAAACCGAACCGGCGAGCUCUCGGUGUUUCUCAAGAACAUCACAAAAUCACGGCUACCCAGUAACAGUGACGGACGUGGAGAUGAUCCUCACGGAGCCGUUCAGUUAGAAUGGAAGCCCGACAUUGACAUGGUCGACCCGGGGACGCUGGUCAAGGCACAAGUUGUCCAGGAAUCAGCGAUUGCCAUGGCGGAAAAACUGUUCUUGCUUUGCGCGAUUGAAAACCAGCUUCAGCUGCAGGGCCACACGGCGCCCGAGGGCCACCUCGGGAAAUACUACAACUGGUUACAAGAGCUUGUCGAAUUUGCAAAAGCAAACAAAUCCAGGCUGGUGCCCGGAACGGCUGAACUCUGCGAACUUUCUUCUCCGGAGCGACAGGGUUUGAUCGAAGAGCUGAUGGAUCGGGCUAGGGACACGCCAGAUAUGGCAGCUUGCCGUCUCAUCCAUGAAUCGUACAAAGCCGUUGUUGAUAUCAUCGAUGGCAAGGCCGACGCCCUGGAGGUCCUUUUCCGAAACAAUAUGCUCACUGAUUUUUACAACUUCUUCGACUGGAUCGAUUACAGCGGGCUACUGGAGCUCUUGGGCCAUGAAAACCCCAAUCUUCGCGUGCUCGAGAUUGGCGCCGGAACGGGCAGUACCACUGAAAUCGUCCUCAAGAACCUAAAGAACUCAUACGGACAGAGGUUAUACUCCACGUAUUUCUAUACUGAUAUCUCAGCUGGUUUUUUCAUCAAAGCAAAGGAACGAUUCAAAGACUAUGCAGGCAUCGAAUAUCGUACAUUCGACGUCACGCGAGCUCCUGCCGAGCAGGGCUUAGAGGAGGGCUCGUUUGAUCUAGUCUUCGCAGGCAAUGUCUUGCACGCCACACCUAGUCUUGCAGAAACAUUGACCAAUGUCCGGAAACUGCUUCGGCCACAGGGUCGUUUGAUUCUCUCUGAGCUCUGCCCAGAAUCCAAAUUCGUAGAUUACAUCAUGGGCCUUCUACCGGGAUGGUGGCUCGGAGAAGCAGACGGACGGCCGAAACAACCCUGGGUGUCGCCAGAGCGGUGGGACGAGGAGCUUCGCAAAACGGGCUUUGAUGGGGUCGAGUCCGUCUGCUAUGAUCAAAAGCCACCAUAUCAACAAAACGCUGUGAUGAUAGCGAGAGCCACUGACGUCGCAUGUCAGCAGCAACCUCAAAGGCUCACUCUUCUGGCACCUGAUGCUACGAGCCUCAGCACCUCCGCGUUUGAAGAAUAUCUACGAGCCAAGGGCUUUGAGGUUGAUCGCUGCUCUCUCACGCAGACACCACCGCCGAGCCAGGCCCUAAUCUGCACUUAUGAGCUGGAAUCCGCCUUUCUCCAUGACAUGACGGAAAGUGAAUUCCACGCCUUGGUCAAUUUCUUGUGCGGUUUGGAAGAAUGCACCAUCCUUUGGCUCACCCGUUCGGCCCAAAUGGCAGCUUCCGACCCUCGCUAUUCGCUUAUAAACGGAAUGGCACGCACAAUUCGAUCUGAAUUAAACUUGCCAUUCGGUGUCCUCGAGUUAGAUUGCCUCGACCAAAGGGCAUGGGAGGCCACUCUCAAGGUGAUCGAAAAGCUACGGACCAAUGGAAAUCGUCCUGAGGAGACGGACCCGGACUAUGAAUACGCUCUUCACGAGGGUGUUGUUCAUGUAAGCCGGUUCAGCGACGUAUCUGUGACGAAGGAGUUGGUCAAUAUCGGAGUAGAGGACUCGCCGAGGCGCCUCCAAAUAGGGAAGAAAGGUGUAAUAGAGACCCUUCACUGGGCGGCGUGGCCUCAUGAGAAUGCCCUGGGCCCGAGCGAGGUGGAGGUAGACGUCCGCGUAACCGGCAUGAACAACAUGGAUGUCUACAUCGCCAUGGGUGUGGUCGAAGGAGACGACUUCGGCUAUGAGUGUGCUGGAGUUGUGCAUGGAGUUGGAUCUGAGGUACAGGACCUCCAGAUUGGCGAUCGCGUAAUGGUCCUCAGUGAACAAUCGCUCUGCUCGAGGCUCAGGACGUCGUCACAAAGGUGCAUCAAGAUUCCUCGUGGUCUUAGCUUCGAAGAAGCGGCUACUAUGCCGUCGAUAUAUGCGACUGUGAUACGGGGACUCCUCGGCGUUGGUCAUUUAGAAAGCGGACAAACGGUAUUAGUUCAAGCUGCCGCAGGACCAGCAGGCAUGGCCGCUAUGUAUAUUUGCAAAGCUGUCGGGGCCGAGGUGUACGCAACGACGGACUCAGAGGAGAAAGCAAUCUUUGUGGCCGAGACGUUCGGCCUAGCCAGAGACCGCAUCUUCAGCUCCAAAGACAAUUCGUUCAAGGCUGACCUACAGAGAGCUACCGAUGGCAGAGGCGUAGACCUCGUCCUGAAUUCGCUAACCGGAGAGCUGUUGCAUGCUUCGUGGCAGUGCGUCGCCGAAAACGGUGUCAUGGUCGAACUUGGCAAGCGCGACAUAACGGGUCAUGGAAAGCUGGCCCUCGACUUGUUCCAUGACAACCGGGGCUUCUUUGGGGUGGAUGUCGCCCGCCUAUGCAAAGGAAGGCCUCUAGAAGCGAAGAAGUUGCUUAAGACCAUCGUCGCCAUGUACGAGGCCGGUGAAAUCAAGCCCUUUCAACCGAUUACGGCAUUCGAUGCUAGCAAUAUCUCGGAGGCCAUUCAAUUCAUGCAAAAGAGGGACCACGACGGCAAAGUUGCGAUCCACAUGCCUGAAGAUUCUAAUGUUCUGCCGGGCGUGGGCCUCCUGGGUCACAGAGACCUAUUUCGGCCCGAUGUUUCCUAUCUCCUCGUGGGCGGACUGGGCGGCCUUGGUCAGGCUAUAGCGACAUGGAUGGUCGAGCGAGGCGCGAAGAGUCUGAUCUUCUUCUCCAGGUCGGCCGUCAACAGGGACGUCCAUGGGACCUUUUUUGACGAGCUAGAAGCAUCGGGUUGCUCGGUUCAGGCCUUUUCGGGCGACGUUGGAAGUAUCGAGGAUGUGAAGCUGGCGGCUGCCGGGGCAAGCAAACCGAUUGCCGGAGUGAUGCAGAUGUCUCUCAUCUUGAGGGACCAAUCGCUUGCCAAAAUGAAGUUCAACGAGUGGAGCGAUGUCAUUACGCCUAAAGUACGAGGCACCUGGAAUCUACAUGAGGUACUAGGUAACAGUCUCGACUUCUUCGUCAUGUACAGCUCCGUGUGCGGGCUAGCAGGCCAGUGGGGUCAGGCAAACUAUGCCGCUUCCAACACAUUCCUGGACGCCUUUGUUCAAUACCGACAGGGGCUAGGUAUGCCUGCAAGCGUUAUCGACAUCGGAGUCAUGGAAGACGUGGGAUAUCUCGCCACCACGAACCCAGGGGCUCUGGAGCCUCUUCGGGCCAGCGCGUACUGGAUGCUGAUUGAGCGGGACCUCGUCGAGGCCCUUGAGCUCAUGAUAUGGAGGUCGUCCGGUCAAUCCUCGCCCCCGGCGAUAGACUCGACGAUUCCCGCGUAUUCGAGCUUCCACCAACUGGGUCUAGGCCUGCGGUCAACGCUGCCCCUUUCUGACCCCAGAAAUCGAGUCGUGUGGCGACGGGAUCGCCGCAUGGCGACGUACCGGAACGAUGACGGAGAUCACUCGGCCACGAGCACUAGUGCCUCCAACGAUACCCUGGCGAAGUUCUUGGCUUCCGUCGCGGACAACCCGGCGGUGAUCCGUAGUGAAGACAGUGCCCUGAUCCUCGCAAAGGAGAUCGGCAAUCACUUGGGCAGCAUCCUACACGUGGCCGAGGGUGAUCUGGAUCUGCAAAUCGGACUUGCAGAUCUGGGCGUGGACUCACUGAUCAUGAUUGAGAUACGCAACUGGCUCAGGCAGAAGCUAGGUACGGAGUUCGCAACGCCCGAGAUCCUCGAAGCAGGCUCCAUCAUGUCGUUGGGUCGGCUGGCGGCUGAGCGUUUGAGGGACAAAUAUGAUGCCGCUAUCGAAGGGAAUGGAAGUUCGUAA